UCCGGCGUCAUUGAACAGAAGAACCGCGGUUCUUCUUCGCAGAAGAAUCAGUUCUUGCGGAAACAAGAACAAACAACAAACAAAAACAGUGGUUUGUCCUCUAAAGUUUGCAAAACUGUACUUCAAGAAUGUAUGUUAAGAUUUUUGUAUUCCUUUUCGUGUUAAACAUUUUUUUCUGUGGCCUAGAAUGCAAUAAUGGCAGUGAGUUCGUUUCUCCUGUGCUUCAUACAAAUAAAAAAACUCCGAAUUGGUUUAACUUUGCCGGUAAAACUUAUUACGUAGAUACUGUCUUUAAGGCUAAUUUCUACAAGGCGUUACAGUUCUGUCGACAACAAGGAAUGCAUUUGUUAAGUAUCAAUAGUCAACAAGAAAACGACAGAAUUGGAAAAUUUAUUAAUGAGAAUGGUUUAGGAUACGGCCACUACUGGACAUCAGCUUCAAACCAGGUCGGAGACGGCCAGUGGGUCUGGCUAUCCACUGGACAAAAUAUGGUAUACUCGAAUUGGUACCCCGGGGAACCCAGCGGGAAAAACUCCCAAAAUAACACUGAGCACUGCGUUGAAGCCCGACAUUGGGCUCAGCCUAGUGGCUUCACUUGGAACGACAUUAACUGUUUAGUAGAAAUGUACUUCAUCUGCGAAACGAUCACAGAUUGUGCCAGUCCAAAAAAUAGUAAAAAGUAGUUUUAAAAAGUAUUUUUAUUUUGACUGUCAACGCGCCCUUUUUGUAAUAAAACUUUC